AUGUCUAGACAUAAGCUUAGUGAUUCAGAUAUCAAUGAUUUUAUUGAUAACGUAACAACCAAGAAACAAAGAACAAAUGGUCUGUUGACCGUUGAUGAUGUUGCAUCAAUUGGUGUUAAUGCCAGCCAGCUUGCUGAUGCUAUCUCUCGUAUCAUUGAGUUUCCAACAAGAGAUGAAAUUAUCCGUUUAAAGAAUACAAAUAUUGAAAAAAGAAUACUUUAUCUAUUACAAAGUCCAGAAGUUGCACUUGGUUUGGAAUUGAAAGAUAAUUAUGAUCAAGGUAAACUAGAUGUCUUUGAAAGAAUCUUACAUUACAAUUGGAAAGAAGGUUUAGAUACCAUUAAUGAUUCGAAAAUGAUCAAGUUUUUCCAAGAGUGUGAAUAUUAUUUACCUGAUUUACCUCCAAUUGAAGAUGAAGAAUUGAAAACUCAAGUUGAAUCAAAUGAAGGCUUAGAUAAUUUGAGCCACUUGGGUGAACAAGUCUAUGAAAGUAUUAUCAGUACUUAUUUAUAUCAAAGAUUCCCAAGAGAAAAUAUAAAGGAGAUUUCACGUUAUACAUCAAAUUAUAAAGUUUUAUCAAGAUGGGGAAGAUUAUAUGAUUUAUUAAGAGAUGAAAGAACUCCUCCUAGAGAAGUGUUUUUAGCAUAUAUUGGUGCCAUUGUAUCAAAAUUUCCUACAGAUGAAAAUGCAAUUCGUGACAUAGAGAAAGUUAUUUAUGUGUUGGUGGAGCCAAUUUUGAUGCAAUUUGAGCCUGAAGUCACUAUCAAGGGACAAGCAAGUAGUGAAUUAAGCAAUCAAAUUUAUGAUCUUGAAAUUGUGAAUGCCUAUGAAACAACUCAUGCAAGUCCAUUGUAUGUUGUCCAAAUUUAUGUUGCUGGUACAAUAUUAAUUGGAACAGGGGUUGGUAGAAGUCCUAUUGAAGCAGAAAAUUUAGCAGCUACAAGGGCAUUAUUGAAUCCAAAACAUCUUGAGAAAGCGAAAAAGUUUGCUGAAGAACAUGCAAAAAAAGCUGCUUUUUCACCAGAAAUUGAACAUAGUACAUUUUCAGCUCAACCUCAACCUCAACCUCAACCUCAAGCCGGUUAUACACAACCUCAACCUCAAGCCGGUUAUACACAACCUCAACCACAAUCUCAGUAUAAUGGCCAAUCAUCAUAUCAAGCUUCAUAUCAGGCACCAUAUCAAGGAUCAUAUCAAGCACCACCACCACCACAACCUCAACCCCAACAACAAUGCAACCAACAAUACUCUUACAAUAAUAAUCAAUACUCAUACGGUCAAAAUUUUCCAACUCCUCAACCUUCUGCAGCUUCAAAUCCAGCUGCACUACCAGUUUCACAUACUUAUCAAGAUGAUCCAUAUAAUAGUGCACUUGUUCAUCAACCUCAAGCACAAAGCGCAAGUUCUGUUUAUCCACAAGAAUUUAUUAAUCAAGAAUAUCAAGCUCAAUUACAAAGAGAACAAGAUGAUGUUAUUCAAGUACCAGAUGUUACUGAUGAAUCUACUGUUGAAAUGUCAGCAAAGGCAAGAUUAAAUGAACAUUUGAAUAAAAGUAGACUUCCAGUUGCAGAAUAUAAAACUGAUAAAUUGAAUAAUUCAGAUGUUCAAGUUACUUGUUCAAUUGGUGCUAUUCCAAUAGUUAAAGCUACAUUUGCUAAUAAGAAAAAAGCAGGUCAAAUUUGUGCUCAAUAUAUUUUAGAUCAUUGGGGUAUGAUUUAUGAUGUUUGGUUGAAAAAGAAAGAAAGAAAUGGAUUUUAA